AAUUUUUGAGGAAUUUAUAUUGAAUUUUUGUUCAAAGAUAAGAUGAGACAAAAAGUGACAUAUUCUCGUAAAAAACAGACAGAUAUCGCAGAUAUAAAGAAGAAUUCACCUUCUAAAGAGAAUCUGUGCGAAAAUCCGGGUCUUAAUAUGCAUAUAACAAGCGAUCCAGUCCCACCUAGACGUACAUAUUUACGGAAGCCAAUUCCUACAAAAAUUCUUUCAGAUAAAUCAAAUAUUGUAGAUAAACCAGUGAAGAAUUCAGUAAGAAAAGAAUCGGCGCUGUUACAUAAGCAAAAAAGGGAAGAAAUAGGUAAUUUAUCAGGAAAACGACCGAUUAACCGCCUUACCAAGCCAUUCCCAUUAAAAAAAACAUUUCCAGAGGUUACAGUUUCUAUAACAAAGCUUAAAAAAAAGCAACCUUUGUUUUUAGAUAAGCAAAUUCCCAUUUCUACUAGUAAAAAACGGAAUUUAUCAACUAUAGCUUGCUUAGAUGAUUCAGCACAGCCAAAAAAUAAUCCGCAUAUUGAUAUAAAUGAUCUUUCAGCUAAUAUUUUGGAUGAAUUAUCGUCAUUUCAACAGCUAUCAUCAGAUGCACCACCAGUCGCAACAUCAACGCCAAAAGAAAUAAAACAUACAAAGGAAACAGCACAGCUAGCACUUAAUAUUCCUGGAAACACUUCAUCUGAUAUAUCAUCUUUAUCGCUUUCAACUUCUACGGAUAAUAUAUCGGAACAAGAAGUAUUAAAGCUUGCUUCAUUAAAUCUUAAUACAAAUAAACCAACAAAACAAUCUCGUAAUAAACUUAAAAAAAGAGGAAUGCUUGUGAAACAUCUAGCACAACCUAUCACUUGUGAUAGCAGUCUUGACGACGAAAUUAUCACUAAAUUUUCAUGAUUUUACUAAGCAAAACACUAUAUAUUCAUACCAUUAAUUCAGAU